GAUGUGGCAACGUCGCAGCUGUUGUAGCACGCGCAGCCCCACAAGUGCAUGAGCAUGAUAGUACAAUACAGUGCACUGCCUUUAUUAGCUUACACAAACAGCAUCAUUGGCUCAAAUAGUUGUGACGGGUAAACAUUGGCUUAUGUCAUGAUUAGAUAUCUAAUCAGACACAUUGAGAACAUUGAGCGCGAUUGCAAUGAAGUUACUGUAGAUUGAGACGAGCAGCUAUAAUAGCUAUCGAUGGUAAAAUCAAUAGUAGGUCACGAGCAGCCAUUUAAUCAUCGAGUGUCAGGAGAAGCAGUAGUAGUAUAAUACGCAUUAGGUGAUCCAUACGCUUUUUUACAAUUGCUUAGACUGCUAUAUAAGCAUCGACUAUAUGGAGUAGACUCGUUGCCAAGAAGUCAGAAACGACGAGCUUAAUCACUCAUUAGCAAUUUUAACAGUCGAUGUUGCCUAUUUCAUAUCGCAGAAUCGAUUGUUGAUGAAUCAAAGGAUAACUGAAAGUGUUCUUGUCAGGAAAAUAACGUAAGUCGCAGUUUCAACGUGCAGUCCCAAUAAAAUUUGCAAUUAACGCACAAAUUUACAUGCCCCUUUGGUACAUUCCAUUGAUUGAUUAUCCCACCCACUCCACAGCUGAUCCGAUAAGGUUUGGUUGGGUGGGAGGGGACAGGAGGCGCUAUCUACGUGCAUUUAUUAUAUGUUUUUCGCUCAAUCAUACAUGCAUGUGCCCCUACUUAGAAUAUAAAAUUCGAGUCAGAGCAUAAUAAUAUGCGCAUUACCAAGAAAUUGAUCCAACGAUAGAUUUAACGUCUGAAUCUCGCCAACUCGGUGCAGAAGAAGAGACAAGUAAAAAAAUCACAAACUUUUAAGAAGUCAACCUGUUGGAGAAUCGAGAAGACGUCGUUAAAAAAAAAGCUUUCGUCAGAAAUAAAGAAAUUGUACGAACAGGGUCAGAAUAUCACGCAUAGCACAUUGAGUAACAAGCACAGGUAUUUUCCUGUAAAAGAUUCGUGAAUACUGGCAUGGUAUAUGCGACGGGGACUUGGGGUAUGGGAGAGGCUGACACGCAGUGCCACAGCGCCGAUACCACCUCGUCUGUAGCCACGUCCUUGAGUCAGGAUCACGAUGAGGAAGUUGCCUUACAUCCACUCAAUAACCAGGUCGGAGGUCAUACGCGGUUGUUGCUGCUUAACCAGAACACAAUUUGCAAGCCACUGAACUGCAGGGAACUCGACUUUUACAGAAACAUUCCACAAGAUAUACAAAUGUUUGUCCCUAAAUUUAAAGGUGUUAUGCAGGCUUCAAGCAGUGGCGAGGUCAAACUUGAAAAACGUUACAGUCCAAGUUUUCAUGAUCAAGAAGUUCGAGCAGGUAAAAGUUCGACUAAACGAAAAAGAGAUGAUGUUUUGAGAAUGAAGAUUCACAAAAAAAAUAAUUCUGUAGAUGUACUCAAAAUUGGAGCGCAUUUAGAUUCUUCGACGAACAAACAAUAUUUUUUACUACUUGAGAAUAUAACGUCGAGAUAUACGCAACCAUGCAUACUGGACUUGAAGAUGGGCACCAGACAGCAUGGGGAUGAUGCUUCAGCAGAGAAACGCAGCAAGCAAAUCGCCAAAUGUGCUGCAAGUACGUCUGCGUCACUUGGUGUUCGUCUUUGUGGCAUGCAGGUGUAUCAAGCCGACACGAAUCAUUAUAUAAAGCGAGAUAAGUAUUACGGAAGGGAGUUAAACGAAGAGGGCUUCAAAGCAGCACUAUAUAGAUUCUUUCAUAAUGGUUUUUGUUUGAGAACGUUUGUUAUUCAACGAGUAAUCACAAGAUUAGAACAGCUGAGACGCGCUAUCGAAAGACAGAGUAGCUACCGUUUUUAUUCUUGCUCUCUUCUAGUGGUCUACGAAGGUUAUCAAAUAAAUGACUAUUCGAGCCAACGUCAUGCAGUGGCCCUGCACACAGAUAAGGCUGCAAAUGUAAGCUUUAUGCAGAAAGUAGUUGUGACAUCACACGGUUCUGAUACUUGCUGCUAUGAUGUGGAUUCAAGCAACAACACAGCAGAUUACAGCCUGCUAGUGCAAGAUGAGGUUAGUCGUGUAGCCUUGCAUCGAGGGUUUGGAGAGGCAGCCGCACGUGGCGCUAAUCAGUCUACUGGCUUUUACCCUGUCAAUGAAGAAACAGUUUUCAUGGAGCAUCCACCGACCCAUGGGCUUAUAAGUAGUCAACCCACAAAUAACUGGAUAUUGUAUGGAAACAGUAGCAGCGGUAGCAGUAGCAGUAACAGUAGCAGUGUUGAUGAGUAUUGUUGUAACCAGCACACUCUUGUUCAUUCAGAAGAUACAAGUUCUGACCUGGAUUUAAGUCUUGUUUCAAUUGGUACUAAAUGUCGGCUGAGGCGAAAUUGUCAGGUACAUCAUAGACAUCGACUUAGGCUUUAUAACAAAUCUGUCAAAGAUGAUGAUGAGGAAGAGGAGGAGGAGGAGGCGGAGGAGGAGGAGGAUCGUAACCACGCAACGGUGGUUGCCAAAGCAGCAGUUGCCUCUAAUCCUAACUCUGCGGUACACCAAGGUCCAGACUGUGGUUUCCUCACAGGUCUCGAUAGCUUAAAGCGGCUUCUCCUCGAAAUUCUCGCAGAGAAGACAUAA